AUGAAAGUUCCCUCAUUCACACACUCAUUUGCCUUUCUCGCAUUGUCGCUCAUUACUUUCCAGCUCCCUUUCGUUGCGUCGAUUGAUUCGAAUGCCGCUGCUCGUCUGCAACCUCGUCUUGAUGACGGGGCUCCUGCCCAAGCCUUAGCUGCAAAACGCAGGAGGAAGUGCUCUCAUUCUCGUAUUUGUGACCUUGCCUCAGCCACCGGAUCCGUGUAUGGCUAUCCUGGAAACAACGCCUCUACUUUAGCUUACCAGCUUCCCUAUUCCCGAACUGCAAGCACCCUACCCAGUCAAGGAAACCCAAAUAUACCCUCGCAGCAACCCGCGGGCCAAGGACCAACUUCUGGAUCCCCAUCAACUGGGAAUGGCGCUCCUGGUGGUCUCGAAAACGGCAGUUCUGGCUCACCUGUAGCCGGAAGCGGUAACGCUGGGGGCUCGCCAGGGAUCUGCCCAUUGCAGUCAACAGUGACAAUCACCACUCAGUAUACUGUCACUGUGACACAAGCUGCGGCAGUAGCUACGACAGCUGGUCCAGCAGGCCUGUUGCAAAAGGGGUCGACUGUCAAUGGCUCAACAGGUCCCGGCUGCCUGGCACAGAACGGGUCAGGCAACGGCUCGAAUGGCUCUGCUAACCCAUUGGAAAAUGGCGUCUCUGCAAGCGGCUCAACUGGUCCUAAACGUACGAAGUGCAGCAAAGCAAAUGCCUCUGGUACGCCCGUUGCAAGUGCAUCUGCCGUUUUGGGAGGUCUCUGCGGCAAUGGCACGCUUCAAGGUUCAAAGUACCCCACUGCUGCGAACGCUUCUUCACCUUUGGGCUCAGGUACUAUAGGUACUCUGAUGCGAAUGGAAGCUAUCCCAGGCCGUGUCUUCUACGAUUAUGAUGGCGUCACCGUCAAGGACCCCAUCAAAACUCUUGCAGACUCAGGUUUCAAUGCUAUCCGGGUCGAGACCUCUCGUGACAUGAGUCUAGGGCCUACCGUAUUCACAAAUAAUGCAUCAACUCGUGGUGAAGAGUUGCUUUUCCAGCUUGAUUUUGGAGGUAUCGAUAUUGCGGUCAAGACUGCGCAACGGGCUGCAGCUCUGGGCAUGAGAAUUCAGCUCACCAUCAAUCAGGGGUUCACAAUACCUAAAGACCUCGAGUCUCUUGACUAUGACGGUAUGGUUGGCGCUGUUCAAGAAGAGGCAAUACGCCAACUCCAGCCCUUUCUUGAUGCCAAAAUUGUACCUGAUAUCAUCCUCUUCGAGAAUGAAGGUUCUGAUGGCUUCCUCUUUACUGAGGAGUCUACCGGCCAUGUUCGCGGUACUAAUGACGGCAAAGCCAGCGCGGCCAAAGUAGACCUUGAGAUGUGCGGCAAGAUUCCUACCGGCAACAUGGCUUCCUACCCGCAAUACGCGGGCUACCUCAAGGCCGAAGUCAUAGCCUGCAACGAGGCCAUCACGGCGUCAGGCUUUUCCACGGCCACAACCCGUUAUGGUCUUCACUCUCAUGUCCAAUAUGUCCAGUGGAAGGAAGCUUGUGUACAUGGUCCGAAUCCAUUAAGCCAGACUGAGCUGAAAGACUCCUCGGGUGCGGCCUGCAGCAAUUCUGUCAUUCCUCGAAGCAUUCUCUCUCCAAAUGCCUCGGAGAUGCUUACCAUCAUGGGUUUCUCUUCAUAUCCAGACCCAAUGACACCAUCCGACAUCGACUCCGAACCCAGCAUGGCCGAUACCUUGACCCGACUGACCAAAACUCUCACUCAGUUGCAGGGUUACGCUGAAGCCUACGGCACAUACACUGACGGUCCAUGGGCGGGCCAGUACAAAUUACAAGGUCUGGGCGUUGAAUAUGCUACUAGCUUUACGUAUCAACAGAUUCCCCAGGAGCAGUCUCUUACGGAGUUGAUGUGGAAGACAGUGAAGCCUUUCUCCGCUUUUAUGGGAAUGUUGUGGUAUGAGCCAUGGUACUGUUAUUCUGAUUGGGAAGGCGGACGUGGCACACUCUGUCAUACACUGGAUGGGAAUAGCGAGGCACCGACGAAUACCAUGAAGACGUUUGGAGCAGCUGCUAUCUCGCCUUGGAAGAAGUGA